UCUCGUUUUGUACACUACAUCUUUCAUGUCUGUCAGCGACCUAAACUCAGUUGGAUAUACGUAUAUCUGAAAUAUACUGUCUGUGUUUACGUACGGCACGCUGGCUACGUGUGCGAUUAUAAUCCCCCUGAUCCGCAACAUCUAGAUACCCGCAGAACAUACCCAAUCUAUCACUACACUCACUUUGGGGGGCGCGUAUGAAUCUCUCGUUUUGAGUUACUUUGCGCAUCGCAUAUUUUUCUCAAUAGUACGAUUCCCAAGAGCACUACCGAACGACCGGCAUGCACGGUUCGUUGGUCAAGCAACCUAAAUUCGACCCUUCACUCACUAUUCAUUGAAGCCUUUAGCGAGAAAAGCUCCAUUCCUGGUCCCAGUGACGGACGGAAGCGAGGGAGAGAAGGACACGGGUCAGACGCAACAGGAUCAAAAUCCCCUCAUAACCCUCAAAAACAACGCACCAUCAGGCCAAAUCCUGUGGAUGAUCCUGCAGCACCAAACAUGAGCUCAGCAACCAUGUCUUUCGAGUCCAAGAUUGCUCUCGCCUUGGGAGGAUCGAGCUGGCAGCAGCUGCAGGACGACAGCAACACAGAACCCGUCAUCGCAACCGAAGAGGACGAGGAUUCCGAUUUGGAUGAUGAAGACGAAGCCGAUAUCAAGCCUACAGAGGAGGUUGUGGUCGAUCCAGUCAAAGCUAAGAAACAGCAGAAGAAAAAAGAGCGCUUCGACCAAAGUAUUGCAAGAGAUGCGGGUGAGAUCCUAGAGACCAUCGACAAGGAUGAACUCAUACCGGUAGCGGAACAGGUAGUAUGGGACCGAGAUCCGGAACUAUUGUGUUGCUACAACUGGCAAGCUUCUGACGAUGGCACGAAUACUAUCUUUGUGCCGGGUGAGCCAGCAAAAUGGCAACAACCACCCCUACCACACACGCUCAAACCAGAUAGUGGCUUCACAUAUAGUGACUACAACUACGCUCGUCAGCCGAGGAAUCCAUACUUGCCAAUGUUCCAUGCGCUGAACCUCAUGGCGCCAAACACCAAUUUCCAUGAUGUCGAUGUCCUCGCAGACCGAAAUAAUCUCCGUAUCUUACUAGAAUUCGCCCAAGGCAAAUCAAACGGGCCUUUCCGGCUCAAUAUUUACCUUGUUUUCAACACACUCGUCAUCGUACGCCGAGAAUCACGAUGGUGGAAACAUGCAGAUGGCAAGAGCUACGGCUUCAACUUCGAAAAGAAUUUUACUCGGACAACCGAAGGUAUGGAAGAUGCAACAAGUCACUACCGUGCGAUACGCUACACAAUGGGUCCCCUCAACGUCGUCUGUCGCUUCGAAGCAGAUGCCUACGACGACGGCAUCAUCCCGGACGAUCUUACUCAAACCGAAGCCGCAGCUGUACGUGGAGCAAACGAAGGAGGCCUUGCUGAACGCGGAAAAUUCACAUACAACGCCCCAAUCCGCGUCCUGCAAAAAGGCCACAUCAUUCCCACCUCCCAGAUGCUAGAGCUCAAGACGCAAGCGUAUAACCCAGAAGGAGCGGGUCUGGUCCAAUGUCAAGACCAGCUCUGGUUCGGCCGCACAAGUUUACUCUUCACUGGACCCUAUGAUAAAGGGCUUGGAACAGUGAAUCGAGUUAAGAAAGAAGACGCGACAGAUAGAGUGAAGAUAUGGGAAUCGAAACAACAGGAGUCGUUGAGAAAACUCGUCGCUCUGCUUGUUCGCUUCAGGGAUGUGUUGAAGCGGGAGCGGAGACCGAACCGCGCUCUGGUGCUUGUGAGAGAGGGAAAGAGCGGGCCGAUUGUACUGCGUGCGAUGGAGGAGAGAAGUGCGGGUGUGGAUAGAGAAAUGCGGGAGAAGUUCUGGCCGCUGCCCACGCAUGGAAAUCGUGGAAGAGGUGGGGGUAGGGGUGCGUUCAACGGAGGUCAUCGUGGUCGUGGUGGGCAAUUCGUACCUGCUCAAGGCCGAGGUGACUUUGCGCCUUCAUAUGGUCGUGGCCAGUUCGUGCCUGCCCAUAAUCAGGGUGGCUUUGCUCCUUCGCGUGGUCGCGGACAGUUCGUACCGCCAGCUCAAGGUCGAGGUGACUUUGCGCCUUCACGUGGUCGUGGUCGUGGUCAGCACGACGCGAAUGCCUCGUAUGUACCGCGCGGCCGAGGCGGUCGUGGAGGAAGAGGAACUUCAGACGCGCACUCGCGGAAGUGAAACUAGGGUAAUCUAUAGACAAGAUUGCAGAGUACGACAAAGUCAAUACUCGGAUCAGGAAGAAACUCGCAGCAUAGUCAUCACGAUGAUCAGAGUCAGCGUUCACAGCAAUAG